AUGGACUCUUCAUACACCAUAUCCCCAUCACUUUGGGAAAAGGAAAAGUCAAUCGCCCUCACUCUGAUGGAUAAACUUGAUAUAUCUCCUCUUGGGAUACACGUGGGUGUCAUGACGUUAAACUCAGAGGUAGACUUUCCUAUCGCUUUUAAUGGUUAUGCAGAUGCUGCUGAUUUGAAGACCAAAGUAAGGCAACUACAAUAUCACACCGGUUGGUCACGCACAGACCUUGGUUUGGCUGCCGUUAAAAAUCGGAUGUUUGCUGCACAGGCCGGGCUCAGGGAUAUACGUCUGGUUCCGAAAGUGCUUGUGGUAUUAAGUAACGGAAGGACAGAUGGUAAGCCUCCACAAUGCAAAGAUUACUCUCAAGACUGGUAAUAAUUGCUUAACUGAAUCUCGCGCGUGUCCUUGAAAUAAAAACAAAUUAGAUGAACUUCAUGAAAUUUUUUAGGGUCCCAGGAUCAAAAUGUGAACUGGGCACAGAGGGUCAAAGACGCCGCAGAUGAUCUGAAGCGUGCUAGAGUCAAAAUUGUGUGCGUUCAGAUUGGAGAAAAUCUGAGUCAAGAUCUUGUGAGGAUAGCAAGCGGGACAUCUCUAGUCUUUGGGCAAUCUGACAUUGAAGGCUUGGUAGGGACGAUUGUUGACAUGUGUGGAGAAAUGUGCGGUAAGACUGAGUUUAAGGGGUGAUUUGGUCAAUCGUAACUUUAAGGGCACCUUCUACUUUAUAAUGGCUUCAGGAAGCAAGUUGCUGAUCAGAUUAGUAUUUAGCAAUAGUGGAUGAGGCUGAGUAUGACAUUAAGAAGUACUAUGCAGAUCCCGCAGGGUGUUAUUCGCCUCGGCCAAUAUUACCCUCCAAGAUCUGAAAAAAAAUUCGAAUUCAAUAAAUAUUUUAUCAUUUAUUUAAAGAUAUUUGAUAAAAAUGCUUACCUCGAUCGAUGUGUUACUGAACAUUCCUGUCUUCAAAUGAUUGUCAGCAUUUCCCUUGCACAUAUUCUUCAAAUAGCAGCUGAGGGUCCGAAUGUGGUGGUAGCUCUGACGGUUGACGUUUAACAGUUAUUAGACCUUACAGAAGUGGAAAUUUACUACGAGAGUUUUAGUUAAGAUAAACUUCUAUAUAUAUUUAUAUAAACAAGUGUGUUUUGGAGGUUGUCUUGGCCUUUCACUUAUAAAAUUUUGAAAUAAUUUCAGAUAUUAGCAAGCUCCAAGGUCGUGUAAUGUCUGCAAGGAGUCGGUUUUUGAGAACAUAGGAACUGGUUUUCUAGUUUGGAGAUUCUUCAGGAGCCAGAAGUCCACGAAGAUCAGCUGAAAUACUAAAAAAAAGCAAGAUUUGAAAUGCCUUAAAAUGCUGGUGGUUAACAUCAAUCUGCAUUUUUGACGGGUGACGCUAAAAAAUUACCUUUUUAGGCCGUUUGACGGCUGACGGUUAAUGCCAUUGAGACCCUCGCAGCAUCUGUCGAGUGGUAUUCAUCUGUUAUUGCUAUGUUUUGGGGUAAUGUUCGGCUAUUUCCUCUUCGCAGAACGUGUGAAACUUAUUCGCCAUUUUCUUCAGCUCUACCAGCUGACCUACCUGGCCUUUUGAUGUCCCUUAACUGUGCAUGUGACUCAUCCUUGAUGAUAUUGGGGAACAUCUUCAGAAAUGGCCAACGAUAGCUAGUUAAGAAGAAUUAGCCGGAAAAUUCAAGUCGUUCCAAAACGGAGAAAUAUUUUGAAUGAAUGAAGAUAUCGAUUACUAGUCACUACUAGUAAGAGCUGAUUCGAGGGGAAAGAUUUUCACCGUUUGGCAUUGUGAUGACCUCUUGUUGAAGCUAUUAGUCACCAUAAGAGUGAAAUAUAUUUAUUCCCUCAGCAGUUAUGUAACCAUUAUGAAGUCAAAAGGAAAGCAUACAAAAUGUUUUCUUUUGUAAAUUUCCCCCAAAUUAUAGCCAUAUUUGAAUUAUUACGACUUUUACAAUUCUUUUCCGUUGGUGGUUUAUUAUAAGUUUACAAUUUUAGUCUUUUAGCGCGUGAGUUUUACACCUGUCCAGGUUAUUAACACAGUGUUUGGGUCUCUCUCCUGGUUAAUUAAUCAGCCGACGCGGUUCUAUAAAGUUCAGUGUCAAUAUAAUAUGUAACAUUUUGCAGCAGUCUGUGACAUGACCAGAAGCUGUCUGCGGCGGACGUAUUCAUUUAAGUGAGACACCACAUAUAUUUCAGAAAAUGGCAUAAUCCAUUAUGUCUACCAAGUGAGACACAGAAGUCGCUGGUAACGUUCCAGAAAAUCUCUUUGAAAACUAAGCUAAAGGUGUGCCGACAGCAAAAUAUUUGCUUACCCUUGACAUGAGUGAGAAGCAUAUUUCAAUGCUUGGGUAUGAAUGUUUCCUGUUUUAACUUUUUUUUAAAAAUCAAUUGUCUGCUUUUAUUUUUAAGGAAAGAUGGGAAACUCUUCAACACUACCUGCGACCACUGCGUUGCCACCACCAGCGAAAACCUCAUUUCCUGCAAUGGCUCCUCAACCUAGACCUGUACCCGUGCCCGCGCCUGCACCCUUUCCAGCACCAAUCCCCGCACCCUUACCGGCGCCCAUGCCGCAGACCUCACCAUAUCCAGUAGCACCUGCCGUCCCUCCGGGCGCAUGUCAGGUUCCUCAGUGUACUUUCCCUUCAGUUUGCAUUACAGCUGAAAUCUAUCAAACAUGCGUCGCUCCUACGUCGUCAUCCACUGGCAACACCACUUGUUCAACACCUGGUCCGUGUCGUACCACCUUUACCAGGACAGCAACGGACACAACAACUUUGACCAACACCCAGACAUUAACAAGCACCGAGGUUGCCACCAUUACAAGCACGGAUAUAGCGACACAGACAAGUACAGCGUAUGCGACAAAGACUUAUACUCAAACUGAUGUGUUGACUACUACAAGCACUGAGGCCGUUACAACCACGCAUCAUACCACAGAGACCAACACGGCUAUUUUGACCAGUCACGUGCCUGUUACGAAAACUUUGACUACGACCAGUACUGAUGUGUUCAACACUACAAACAUUGAUACUCUCACCAGCACUGCAACAAUUAAUACUACCAACACUGCACUAGUUACAAGCACACGGUAUGAAACUAAGACGAAUACAGCUGUGGCAACAAGUACUGCAACAGUCACGUCCACUACUGUUGUCAAAGCUACCACUACACUGACCACAACAAGCACUGGAAGGGCAACGAGUACCUUAGUAACCACGGCAACUAAGACAAACAUUGUCAACGCAACUCAAUAUGCCACUGAGACUCUAAAAAAGAUUUUGACUACUAUAGCAACCUCGACCAGUGUAGUUACAACAUGUAGCGCCAACUGUACUGUGAUAGGUAAAUUUUAUUUUUUUGGAACAUAGCUACUUAUACCUAAGAUGUUUGCAGCCAACUGAAACGGAAGUGUUUAUUUAAAGUAUAACUUCGUGCGCGUUCUGAAAGUCACUGGAAUUUUAACACAGGCACACAGUCCAGACUUCUGUGGGAGAGGGCGUUUUUUGGUUGCAAUUUUGCAUUUUGUUGAACUCAAAACUUUUAUUCAUUGUUUACUAGUAAAGGUAAUCAAAAACCACUUAUCAUAUGAUUACCUUAUACUUUUUGCGGAGUCUCCAUGACAUGUCCAUCUUUUCGAAGAGCACUGAAUGGCAUCAAGUGUCUUAGAUGUGUCGUUACCCAGAAAAAGGUCCUUUAUGAUUUCUGACCUCAUUUAUCCAUAACAACUAAUCGGUUUUGUUCUUUAAAAUUGUAAUGUUUCUUUUAGGACCUUCACCGACGUCUACAUCCUCUGUAACGCCAUCUGUAAUAGGAGAACAAGGCAAGCCAGUACUAUUAUUCUUGAAUAAAGGGAAUUUUGUGACGAGGUCAUAAGAAAGCGUAAUUAGUCGUACGUUGCAUCGUGAAGUUAUGCAACUAACCAACUUUACGAAAAGCAUGUGUUUUAAGUCAGUUUUGGGUUCUGUCGCUGUAGCAGCAAUGCUAAAGGUACUACCCUGAUAGGUAAAAAGCGGUCCUUUAAAGGAAUACUGAUAGAGUUUCAUUCAUUCAUUCAUUCAUUCAUUCAUCCAUCCAUCCAUCCAUCCAUCCAUCCAUCCAUCCAUCCAUCCAUCCAUCCCUCCCUCCCUCCCUUCCUUCCUUCCUUCCUUCCUUCCUUCCUUCCUUCCUUCCUUCCUUCCUUCCUUCCUUCCUUCCUUCCUUCCUUCCUUCCUUCCUUCCUUCAUUCAGUCAGUCAGUUAGUCAUUCAGUCAUUUGCUCAUUCAGGCCCCGUCAACAAGAAUCCGAAUAUUUUUGAAAUUGCAAACUAUUUUUAUGCGAAGAAGCUCUCGGCCCAAACCAAACCAGUGAAUCCACUCACCGAAACUGCAUCCUUUGGAAAGCGCUCUCCAGAAUGUUUUAAGGCCCCAUUCACACGAAUCCGAGUUAAAAAUAUACGGAUUGAAAAAUGUCCCGAUUCAGGUUGACGUGGCUACAUUCAUUUAGUGCCUGGCCCCUUUCACUUUUUUUUGUAAUUUACAUCGAAAUUAAAAAAAGGUAUGUCUGUCAUUUCCCUUUAUUCCUCAUGCACAUUUCACUAAAUCAUGUCAUUUUGAAUAAGUUAAUUAUUUAUCUGGCAUAUCAUGCUAACUUCGAACACAGAGAAAUAGACAGAAAUCAAUAAUUAACAUUUCGUCCGUGGGGUGAAAAUAUUAAGUUUAUUGAAUUAACCCAUCUAAGGCCCCGUCCACCCUAAUCUGGAUAAACUGAAACCGCACACUUAGGCAUCGUCCACAUGAAUCAGGACAAUUUUAAAACUUCAUAUUUUUCUCCCGGAUUGGUGUGAAUGGGACCUUAAACGACUCUGGAAAGUGGUUUCACAAAAAUACGGUUUCAUUGAAUGGUUUCUUGUGGACUAAAUGCGAGUCAAAGGCCGAGUCGUGUAAAAAAUUAAUAUAAAAAAAGAUACAACUUCAGAUUAGAUUGGAUUGAGGCCUUAACCAAGUUUGACCGUACAGCUUGUACUAGUGACAAAGCAGUUGGGCGCUCAUCCAGACCUUUAGAUAUGCAAGAGGGGUCCCGGCCUCAACAGUAUUACAUCUUGGCACUGCGGCGAGCUUUAGUUUGACCUUAAAAUUAAAACAGGGGCACUCAACGACCGAACGUUUCCAAAUACGUCAGAAGUAUCUCAAAUGCUUUUCUGUACGCUUUGGAAGCCCGUUUGGAGCUGCUUUAAAAAUCAUUUAUGAGUUCUGAUGUCAGUUAAAACGUCUCAUUUAAAACUGACAUAGUUGAAUGAAAUGGAGCAGCCGUAUUUUCGUCAAACUAAGAUUCUAUGGGAACAUUUGUUUUUAUAUCGAAAUUUUCAAGGGAUCUUUUUAACAACAAUCGCAAUUUCUUGGUGAUUAAAAGUGAAAAGCACAAUCUCCGAAAACUAAGUAGGUAAUUAAAUAGAAAUGCUGAAUUUCUUAGACAAGCGUAACGACAGACAUUUUUAGCUUUUCUCGAGUUUAAGGAUUUCUUAGCAAUAUUCAACCCUACUUUGCAAAUUACAAAAUCAGGUACGUCGACCAACAAAGCUCUUCUUUGGUUCGAAAGUUAUCUUACAAACAGAAAACAGCCCACUAGUGUUGCAACUUCAUUGUUAGAAACACUCACUACUACACAUGGCGUACCUCAAGCCUCAAUUCUCGGCCCAACGCUUCUCAGCCGGUACAUGAAUGAUCUACCGAAGUCAUAAAGUUUAGUAACACCGAAUCUUACGUUGAUGACACUAAGAUAUAUUUUUUGUUCGCGUCAAAGGGCAUUGAUUCAUGACUACGCCAAGUUAGUGAGGAUCUCAAACAUGUUUCAGAGUAGUGUUGCGCUAACCACCUUCUGAUCAAUCCUUAAAAAAACCAUGUUUUCCUGAUUCGGGUGAGGCCAGGAACAUCACCGUACCUUUCCUUGGUAAAGACCUAGUACCUGUAACUUCUGUCAAAGAUCUUGGUGUCAAAACUGACUCGAACCUGACCUUCAAUGGCCAUAUCUCUUCUGUAAUCACUAACCUCAUCUUUUGUCAACAUUAGCUCUAAUAAAUAGAGUACGACACUUGUUCUCUAAAGAUGUACUGUGCAUAAUCCUAAAUUUCGUAGUAUCUAGCCAACUGUUCUACCGCUCGACAGUAUGGUCUGGAACUUCUGAAAAAAACCUCCAUAAAGUACUACUCACGCAAAGCCUUACCCGCCGAAUACUUACUAACACAAAAACGUUUGAUAACAUUGCACCAGUCUUACAUGAACUUGGUUGGCUCACCAUCGAGGGGCUACUAUGCUUACGUGAUGUAACUAUGAUCUUUAAAUGUCUCAAUGGUCUUGUGCCCAGCUACUUUAGUACUAAGUUUGUAUAACGCUCAGAAACUCACUCUUAUUGCAUGAGAGAGAACAAUCAACUUAACCUCUCUCAGCGCCGAACCUCCGCCGCACAGUGUACUUUCCGUUUCAGGGCUUCUAAAUAUUGGAACAGUCUUCCCAAUGAUAUUAGAAACUCUGCCUCUAUUGAGGUUUUUAAAAGGAUUGCCAGGCUUGAGAUAAUCAGAAGGCGGAAAUAUAAAAUUUACCCAUAAUCUGUUGAUCUUUGUAAUUAAUUGUUUAUUAGCUUUUUAAUAAUUGUAGUUCUAGCAUUCAAAUUUAAUUGUCCUUUAUACAGUAUGUAAUUUUACCUAUUUCGCACAUUAUACUUAGUGAAUAAUCUUGUUAAUUAAUUCUGAAAAUCCAAUUGGGAGAAUUAUUAAAUGUAUUAUAUUGUAUAUUUGCUUCUUGGAACAGUUAUUCACAGACAAAAGUCGUUGGCUGACCCUGUUAAAAUAAAGUCGCUAAAGUCGUUGCCAGUCGGGCCCCAUCCCUAGAUCCAUCAGUAUAUACGGUAAUGCCAUACAGAUAAAUACAAGUUUUUUAUGGCAUUCUUUUUGUUACGCACUCACUAUGGAGGUUUUGUGAUUACUUGAGACAGGUUGCACCACCAACUAUACCAAACUCGGUUGUUUCAAAGAUGGAAGGAACCCUCGACCAUUACCUGAGCUCCUUUUUACUGAUCGCGAUGCCCAAAGCAAGGUAUCGAGUAAUAAGACCAUCGACUGGAACAACUGGGAUACAUACAUAGUUGACUUGGUUUGUAGAUGUGCUAACGCGGCAAAGGCUAAGAAGUACUCCCACUUUAGCAUCCAAUAUUUUGGUAAAUGUCAAUAUUAUUGUUAAAAUCGUAGUGAUUUCCUUUUAGCAGAUUAUUAAACUGAGAUAAUUAAGCCUCAAGAAUUUAUAUGAUGGUUAAAAGGACUCCCUGAUGAUGCCGCGACGACACAGCCGAUAUGAUCCUAAAGUUUUGCCCAUCCUUUUUUCCUAACCAAACCUUAAACCGACUAUUUUUAAUCUCUAAAAGCUAAUUACCGUCGGUAUUUACUCGAAAAACCACGUCAGCGCGUAUUAAAUCCUGGAUUAAAUUUUUGCCUUUUCGACUCUCAUUCGGCUGCCGCUUUUAUUCAAAACUAAGUGUUGCAAUCAACAGUACGUUAUCUUUCCACUUUUUCGAGGUUUUAUUGUAAUAAGACAACAACACAGCAUAGUAAGCAACAAGAACAUUAAAAACAAUCAGCAUUAAGAAUUUUAGGGGUAGGGCGCUUCGUUUUGGUUAUUGCCAACGGGCAGCCUCUCGUCUUUGCGAGGCGGCAGCAUAAUAAGGCCGUGGGCGAAAGUUCCAAGGCAGAAUGAAUCUCGAAGGGAUGUGACAGAAAGUAGAAGUGUAAGGUAACUUUUAUGAAGUAUUGCAGAAAAGAGAAUAUAAGAAAAAAUAUACUAGGUAAAGUCAGUAUUUCUAAUUCUUUUUUUUCGAGGAUUCUAAGUUCGCUUAUAAGACCACUAGAUUUUAUGCAAAAUGACCUGUGUGCAACUUCGGACAAUGACGAAUUUCAAUAUCUCGAAAAAUAUGCUAUGUAAAGUUGGGAUUUCAUAUUCUUUAUGCAGUGGAACAGUUUCGCUCACUAUUUUUCUGUUAAUUUUUGCUAAUGAAAUCGAAUAGUGUUCAAACCAUUUUUUAUAAAUUAAGGUAAUUCAUGACAUUUCUAAACAAACUGAACAGGGCGCGGGUAUAGGUACAAUCUUUGCUCGUUGGCACUUAGCGAUAACUAUGAUUAGUUUAGUACUAAUGGUCUUACAAUAAAUACGAGCAGUUCUAAGUUGAUGAAUUACGUUCCUCUCAUAAACAAACUAACAGGUUUUUCUACCAACGAAAAUAAGGUUAGCAAUGUUAGCGUUGGAUGUGUCAUUGAAAAAGUGGAACUUCUGUUAUGUGUUUAAAACGAUAGAGAUGUUGAGAGAACAUUUGAACAGGGCUCCUAAAUGAUUAAUUCAAUGUUCAUGUCAUUGUGUGUUUUGCUUGAUAGGUGAGUGUUGGUCUGGACCAGAUGCCGCCGAGACAUACGAUAAAGAUGGCCCGUCUGAAAAAUGCUUCACGAAAGGUUCUAUGCAAAAAUGUAAUGUCAGUGAUAAUGUAGAGUGUGUUGGCGACCUUAACACCAAUUCCGUCUAUGGAAUCAAUGUGCAAGGUAAUUACAAGUUUUUCUCGGAAUUCCUAACAUAAACUGGUUCAUCGAAUAUCAAACGAGCACCACUGCUGAGAAAUGUCAUAGACUUGGAUCAACCUCUCUAUUUCGAGGGGCAAGCGAACUCCCUUUCUUUCCCUGCUCCUCGCUCUCUCUUGCCAAAUGUGCGUGACUACUCUCGAUAUACUAAAUGGAGAGCUUGCUGGCAGACUCGAAAUGCUAAGAUUUCCAUCAUUGUGAGAGAUAGUUGGUUCGUCAUCAUAAUGGCUUUGUCAAUUCCAAGCCCCAAAGACAUUUGUCAAUUGCUGACACCUACCUUUGACUCUCGACAUCUGCGCUGAAGCGAACAAAUUGAAAAACUCUCGUCUUAAGCCAAACCGUCAAUUCCAAUUACUUUUGCGAGAUUUACUUCCAAUCAUCGGAAUAAAUCGCUCUGUUUCUAGGUAAAAAGCAACCUUCCGAAGCUUUUGCUUUAAAAUGUCGAAAAAGCUUCACCAUAAUUUCGUCUAAUGUUAAACACAUCAUAAAACAGUUCGAAACAAUGACACUUUUUAAUUAAGGGGGAAUUUUGGAAGACAGCACUAAAAGAAAUAACAAAAUCAAAAAUAUCAAUGAAAGAAAGCACGUAAAAUGUUCUGGCUUUUUCCCUUGAAAAAGUUGGGAUAUAAACGUAACGCUUUCGCAAGGACUAAUCAUCUCAUGCCAUGAUAAAAACAAACUGAUAUUUUAACGAUCAGCUUUUCAAUCAAAACCUUUCAGGAACACCUCCGUCCUGCAAGAUUUUUCGUAAACAAUAUAUUUUCGAAUUCAGUUGAAGUUGUGCCUGGUUAAAUGAUGAGAACAGAGAUGCAAAUCUCAAAAGAUGGUCCAUCCAUCCUCGCCAAAAUAUCUAAAUGCGUCAAGUGGAACCAAACAGAAAAACGAGACUGCUAUAUCCUAUACGUUUUGGCUACGUGGCGGUUAGCGGUUAAAGUUGCGUCAUGACUUGGAUUUCUGCCUACUCUAUAUUUGGCAUUUGGAACGACCCAAAGGUAAAUUGGUUCCACGCUAUACACGAUGCAAAGGGAAAAAGCCUUCAAACCCUUUCCUUGAUUCUAUCAAAAGACCUCAAAUGAUCGAUCGUUGACUUUUUUUGCUAAAAAGCAAGCGAAACAGCGCUUGUAGCUGCAGUUGUGGUUAAAUAAAACCAGAAGUCAAGCCAGAGGCAAACCAUAUUACUCUUUCAAUCACUUUCACUCGUGCACGAUAUUAUAGCUAUUUUCCACAUUACUAGCCACAUUAGGUCGCAGCAGCGCAAUCGACUAAUUCGUCAACUAAACGUUUGACAGGUGCACCCAACGACGGUUUCCUUCAAAAUAUGUUGAAAACACUUUUUAGGCUAUCCAGAGUACUUUAAGAUAUCUAGAAAUGCAUUCUAAGCGGCGCUACAAAACUUUUAUCUGUUCGGUUAUCCUAGGGGAAGUUAAGUCUUUUCGAAAUUACAAGGGCUUCAGUAUUAUUUUUCCGAAAAUUUUAGGUGUAAUUUAACAUUUUACGAAAGUGAGAAUUUUUCUGAUUCCUCUCUCCUACACAUUUUAGAAUCCGAAAAUUUUAGGUCUCCUUUUUCUAAGAAAAAUAGUGUAAAGUGGGUAGUAAAAUAUGGAAAAUUAAACUUCAGAAAAUCGUAGGGAAUUUAUUAGAUAAGCUUCGAAAAUUGUACAUGAAUAGAACGUUCAUCUAGAAAUUAUUAGCCGUCCUCAAGCAAAAGAAAAUUAUAGGCAGCGUUUGCUUCUCCGGACAGAUAUUUUAAAGAAAACAGUCGUUGGUUGCCCCCGGUCUGAUCUUGCAGGUCGCGGGUGGCAACCAUCUUUAUAGCUGUGGGGGGAGGGAGGCGAGACAAAUGGAGGGACUGUCGUAACAUCACUAAUGAUCCCUGCAGCUCACUUUUACGGAGCGCGUUGUUCCAGCAACGCUGGCAAUUUGAUUGGUCAUUAGACAAUAGAUGUUAAUUUGCCUUGACCAGCAACAAGUUGCCAACACUGACAAGUCUAAGCGUUCGCUUAACUUUAAAUUUUUGUGUUAUUUUGGAUCUUCAUCGUUUUGGGCCCACGAAACUGGUGGAGGAAUAUAUUUAUUUCCGAUUGGCGUGAGAUAGGGCAGACUCUUCUUGACCUUUCAUGGAGGAGGGAUGAUAUAAGACCCGUUUGCUCACAAGCAUUAUUUUCAAAACCCGAUGCUAUUGCGAAUUUGCAAGGCAAAUUUUGCAAACACACGCAGGAUUUUUGGUAUUUUGAAGAUCAAUCACGCAAGCCAACAUGUUUUUGAUGCAGCUCGGCCAGGGAAAUUUUGUUAAUUCCAAAAAUCUAGGAGUAAUAUGGUUUUUGCCAAAGGAAUUGAAAUGAACGCUACAAAUACUGUGUCAGAAAUUUAUGGCUUUUUAUUAGGAGUUUUAAUCAUUCUAAUUGGUGCUGAAGAGAGCAUGCUUUCACGUAGAUUGCGAAAUGUUUCAACUGUGCAUGUUUGCCGAUUUUAUUUGGAAAAAAUCUUUUAUUCUAGUAACUGCAUUUAUAAUCACUGUUUCGAAAGGAGAUAUUUGCAAACAUACGAAAUCGAUGCUAAAUCUGUAUGGUAUGUUUUUGACGGUAAGGGGAAGCUUGUUAAUUAAUGACUGGUAAUAAGACGUGAAACUCCUGUCACGUCCCCUGCCCCUCAAAAAAAAAAAACAACUUUGAAGCCAAUCUGGCCAUCACCAAUCCUUUACUUGGCUCUCCGUCCAAGUAAUAUACUUGUGACCCUCUUGUGAAUCCAGAAUUUGUGUAUCUAACCACUUACAUAUGCAAUUCACCCCAAACAGAUGUUUUUUUCCUAGGGUUUUAACAGCGCUUUUUCCUUCAUUUCCAGCACCAAAACCUCGUAUUACGGAAGCAACUCCAUCGCUUCCAUCCUUGACGGCCGUUACCACGCCUCCGCCUAUAACCAGUAAGUUGCCUGUCGUACAGACAGGGAGAAUGUUUAUAUUAAGAGGCCUUCAAUCAUGAUCUUAAUAGUUUUAAUUUCUGUUUUUAUGUUGACACUUUUUUGAUCCUUUCCUUCUCUUUGCUCAAAUUUGGAAAUGAACGUGACUUGGCGAUCUGACGUAAAGGAUCGAUAGCCUUCUAUUUUGUCGCUCCAUUCUAAAAAUAAUCUCAAGUCUAGGUCUUAGUAAAGGAGAACCAUUGUACCGUUUUAUAUUGCAGCUUUUACUUAUUUGCCCAUAGGCUAAACUAAAACUGAAAACGCUUCAAAUUUUUACUUCAAUGGGUGGUACAAGAUUUAUAAUUUAAGUUAUUUUAGCAACUGCUAAAUCCGUGUGGCUAGAGUGGGACUGUUUUAGUUUAAGGAUCUCUACUCUGUAGAACAGCGACAGUCAUUUCAAAUGGGACAUCAUGCAAAACAAUCAAGUAACGGUAAGUAAGGUUAAAUGGUCUUCCCUGUUCAAUAUAUAUUGUACACAAAACAAGAGUUUCCGUACAGUGUGAUAAAUGUACAUGUAUACUCAUGAAUCAUGAACCCCAAGGUGUUCUCAGAAAGACUAGAACAACAGUAGUACUGAAAGCGCAGAAAUCCGAAGAAACCAAAUGAUUCGAAACUCAAUGUUCCACGUAUCCUAACCAUAUCAUAAACAGCACUCGGCUCCAUAAUCACUAUUUCUUUUUAUUAUAAGGUACUAUUAUUAUUAUUGACUCGGUUUUGCUUGCAGUGCCUACUCCAACUCCUUCAAGCACACAAAUUAUACCUAGUACUUCAGUUACGCCUCCUCCCGAUAUCUUAAAAGGCAAGUUGUUUUAUUAUGCGAAGAACCACUCCCUGAAAACAAGUGUCUAAAAUGAAAACAAUACCGACCACUGGAAGAUGAAAACUGGUAUUUGUAGAAUACCUGCUAGACUAAGCCAGGAAUUUUACAUUUCCAAUCAAAAUAAACAUUUUUAGUUGUUGAAAAUAUUUUGAAUGAAGACUAAUAUUUAAGGGAUCAAAUCUCUAAUGAUAUAAAGUAUUAUGUCGAUCAAUGAAAGACGGUGUCAUCACUAUCCUCAAUGUGCAUAAUCCUUUUUGUCAUAAUCAGUCACAUCCGAUAAUUGUUUUAUUAUUCAUUUAAAAUAAUUUCUUUUUGACAAACAAGCUAAAACGUGCUUACCUCCAUCGAUGUUAAGUUCAUCUUCAAUUGCCUGUUUAUCGGCAAGUUUAGGAGAUAAAGGGUUGACUGUUCAGUACUGCAAUUAUUCUCCAAAUAGCAGAUUUCGUCCCCCGAGUUGUCUUGCUGUUCUUGCUAUGUCUUUAGCUAAUAGUUCAUUUAUUUUUUCGUUGCGAAACGAGUGAAAUGUUCCGCCAUUUUGUACACACUACUAAAGCAACUCAAUCUCGUGCCCUGGUCUUCUCGGUUAACAGCUCAUUUUUCUGGCAAUUAUUCUGCACAGUUGACGUCAUUUUCCACAUUGCUAAAUAGUCCAUUUCCACGAUGACAUCAUUUUACUACUAAGACCAGAAUCCUUCAGGGUUUUGCUUUCUUGUUCAAAUUAGGGCUUUUGUUAUUUAAACCUCGCUGUGAUUUCAAAAUUUAAAUAUGAAAAGAAAAACGAAAAGGGUUCUGGUCGUAGUAAAAUGACGCCAUCGUGCAAAUGGCCUAUUUGGUCGACAGUAACUGGUAAUAAUGAAUUACACGUGGGAUUUUAGCCUAUCAGAAACGGAGAAAUAUCUUGAAUGAUUAAUAAUAGCAUUACUAUUUACCAUUUUGUGGAGGAUGUAAACAAGAAACAACAAACUUUUCUUUCUGUUUGGUAUGAAGUUGGAUAUUGUUCUCAGGAAUUCAACCUCAGAAGAGUUCGCCUACAAUUGACAAAGUAAUUAAGUGAGUUGGAAUAAACACGAUGGAGAUUGGAAGAGCGGUAAUUCACUUUUUAAGUGACGUUUUCGCUGCUUUCGCCGCCAUCGGAUCUUUAAAAGGUCCUAAAAUGUAAAAUUAAGGCUCCUGAAUACAAUAAACACCCGCUUAUAAGAACAAAUGGAUUAAGAACAUCAGGCUGAAAUUUGGCCCAUAAAGCAUUAUAUCUAUAAGAACCAGCUCAAUCUGAUAAAUAAAACAUGUUCUUAUAUAAUAAGAAGAGAGUGACGGAAUAAGAAAGUAGAAUCAGUGGAACUGAAGUAUAGUAGUCUGUUCGACAUUACAUGAACGUUAGAAAGACAGCCGAGCAGUCUAAAAGCUCUAUCAAAUGCAACUGUUGUGGUAAAUCAUUCAAAGGCAAGCAAUAUCUUGACAGCCACGGGAAAUUUAAGCACCGACAGCCAAGAAGGGAUCAUAGCAGGGCUCAAGAUUUGGAAAUAAUAUGUCCUCUAACAUCAACAACUUGCACUUGACGACCUCACCGAAUGAGGCAGAUGCUUACAGUUCACAACUGCUUGAAGAUCAGUCGUCGGAAUCCAUUCCUAUUGCUAACUUAACUUCUAGUAACAUGUUAUCUGUAGUAUUUUUGAAAUAAGAACAUAUUGAGAACAUCUUCAGGUUGAUUUCCCACCAAGCACCCGAUAAAUAAGAACUAAAUCAGCUUUAAUCCCGAAACCAUGUGUUCUUAUAUGCGUGUGUUUACUGCAUACUAAUGUCGUUUCCAUUAUUUUAAGAUAGGUUGUAACAUCACAUAUACCAAAGUCGGCUGUUUUAAGGAUGACAGAAAGAAGAAAAGGCCAUUACCUGAUAUUCUUUUUACUGACCGCGAUCCUUCAAUGAAGAAGAAGUGGAGCGGGUAUAGAAUCGACUGGAAAAACUGGGAUGAAUACAUAGUUGAUGUGGUGUGCAGAUGUGCUAAUGCGGCAAAUGCAAAGAAGUACUCUUAUUUCAGCGUCCAGUAUUAUGGUGAUUAUUUCUCAGUGUUCGCUUGUUCCUUUUACAUUAUCAAUAAUUUUAAACUAAUCAAACCUUUAAUACCACAAGUCAGUAAACCUGGGAAAUUUGCGAAAGUGGCCUCUUUCAGUCACAGUCCAAUCAAAACAUGUUUGCAUGCAAAUUAGUUUUGGCCUAGAGCAUUUUGUUUAAACGUCUUCGUUUUAGGCCUGUUGUCGAAUUACCUUUUUAUGUGCUUAAUUUAAUGCCUAUGGAGCCUAUUGUCAUGACGUCACGGCGGCCAUAUUGGUGUUCCAAAACAAUGAAACGGCGGCCAUAUUGGUGUUGCAAACAAAUCCUGAGGGAGUUGAACUCUUUUCUUAAGUAAAAAAUUUCUUUUUUUCCCAUGAAUUUUCCUAGAUGCUGGGCACGUGGGUGAAUACGUGCUAUAAAGCGUUUUCACUCAAGUGGCCAGCAUCUAUGCAAAUUUUUUGAAAAAAAGGAAAGCUUUUGCAUAAGAAAGGAGUUGGCCGCCGUUUCAUUGUUCCCAAAACAAUGAAACGGCGGCCUUGUUGGUGUCCCAAACCAAUCCUGUCUUUUGCUCCAAUAAAUUUGUAUAGAUGCUAGCCAUGUGAGUAAAAACGCUCUAUAAGGAAAAUACAUUCUUUUCGCAAAUAGCCCACGUUCGAUAUGUCUAUGUCUCCGAGGCUUUCUGUUAAUUUUUUUGUAUUUGGAUUGGUUUUCUUUGCUAUCAAGUCUCUUCUGGGAAUUGCGAGACAAUGGAGUCGGAAAAAAUUGCAAUUUUGACUCGAAAUCUCUGAGUCAUGUUAGAAUGUUAAUAGGGCCAUUUAUACGAGUAUGUCUUUCUAAGACGAGAACAGCUCGUAUAAAUGGUUCGCGUCUUAUUUCUGUUCUUGACUCGUUUUCCUGUGAAUGCUGCCCGUAGCAUCGGCAAUCCAACGUGGCGCGCCAGAAAUUAACGCAUGCGUACUAUGCGUUCGCGUCUUAUGUAAGACGCGAAGGUCAUUUAUACGAAGUUUUUCUCGUCUUAGCUAAGACGCGUCUUCUCUAAGAACAGGUGUUAAGGGCUGUUCUAAAACAAGACGCGUCUUAGCUAAACCGCGUCUUAUCUUAGACGAAAUGUGCUGUUUAUACGGAAAGUUCGCUUCUUAUUUUAGACGCGUCCUAUGUAAGACGCGUCUUAUUUUUCCUCGUAUAAAUGGCCCUAAUAUAUCGACCGUGGGCUAAUCUCAUUCGGCACUUGUGAAGUAGGAUGUUUUCAGGGCUUUUAAAAGGUAUAUGCGAUUUUUGUACUGCGUCAGGUUGGCAUAGGACGUCGUUGACUUUUGCGUAAGGUUAACAAAUUUUGUUCAGUAUAUAUAUGGUCAAUAUACAUGAAACAUUUAUGAGCUUGUGAAACUCUUGUUAGGUGAAUGUUGGUCUGGACCAGAAGCCGCUGACACAUAUAACCGAGCUGGCAAGUCUAAAAAAUGCGUCACGAAGGGAGUCAAUGUGCCGUGUAACCUCAACGAUAAUGUAGAAUGCGUUGGCAAACAAAACACCAAUUUCGUCUAUUACAUUACUCCUAAAGGUAACUCUGUUUGUAAAAUAAUCAUGGUCUACGCACCUUAAGGUGUUUCGAUACAAUUUUUCCCCCGAUUUUUUUUCAUUCGAUUGGUAGCGGAGUACCGUGGGUAAAAAAAUCAAGUAAUCUACCCAUCCGAGAAAAUUUGGUAAUCACGUAACCAUACGCCCGCUUGUCCAUCGCCCCGCACCACAGGACAACCAAUGUAAAAUAACUCAAUCAACAGGUAUGGUAACCCAAAUGCAACUCGAGGUUAUUUUGGCGGGAAAUCGCAUAACCACCGGCGUCUUGUAAAGCCGAGACAACUAAAGAGUCAAUAAAGACGAAAACGGAAUGCGGGAAUUGUUUCUGUAUCCGUGUUGUCUAAAGUAGUUAGCUAAGAUUAAUUGUCAUGUCCACAAAUUUGGAAUAUAGAGCAGGAGAAAGACAGAGAA